AUGACGAAGAAAGCUGAUACAUAUAGAGAAAUAGCAUCGAAGAAAUUAAAUGAAAGAAACAAGCGGUUCAAAAGAGAAUGGCUAGUUCCAAGUUCCAAACUUCCUAAAAUAGAUGAAUCCAAAGACGUUAUAAAUUGGAUUCAAAAAUCAGGUGUUCUAAGUGAAAGAGAAAUUGAGAUUACUGAGUCCAAUGCAAUUGACAUAGUUUCAAGGAUAAGAAAGAGGGAUUGGAGAGCCCUCGAAGUAGCUGAAGCAUUCUGCCAUAGAUCUAGCGUUGCACAUCAACUUGUGAACUGCCUUUCUGAAGUAUUUUUUGACGAGGCUCUAUUACAAGCUGCAGAGCUUGACAAAUAUCAAGACGAAACAGGUAAUGUCAAGGGGCCACUACAUGGACUUCCUAUGUCCAUUAAAGAUAAUUUCAAUAUAAAAGGACAAGCCACCACAUUAGGAAUGGUGAAUUUUUGCUUCAAUCCUGACGUCUUUGAUGAAGACUCAGUGUUAGUUGAAAUACUUAGGGAUAUGGGUGUAGUUUUUUAUACGAAAACAAACGUGCCUGUGGCAAUGAUGUUACCUGAAACAAUAAAUCACAUCUAUGGGGAAACAAGCAAUCCUUUUAAUAGACUUUUGAGUGCUGGUGGUUCUUCCGGUGGUGAGGCUGCCCUUUUGGCUCUUAAAGGAUCACCUUUGGGUAUAGGCUCAGAUAUAGGUGGAAGCAUUAGGAUCCCAGCAUCAUUUCAAAACUUGUACAGCUUGCGACCGAGCUUUGGUAGGUUUCCUACAUAUGGAUGUCGUUCAGGACUUCCCGGUCUAGAAUCUGUUAACAGCGUCAAUGGACCUCUCUCGACGUCUUUAGAGACUUUAGAAUUCUACUGCAAAAGUGUAAUAGAUGCAAAGCCAUGGGAUUACGACCCAAGUGUCAUAAAUUUGCCUUGGAGAGAAGCAAGUGUUCCUGAAAAACUAAACAUUGCUGUUCUAGCUGAUGACGGGUGGAUUCGUCCGACUCCUCCUAUUCGCCGAGGCAUUCUGACAGUCGUUGAUCUUUUGAAAAAGGAUGGUCACGAUGUGAUAGAUUGGGAAGCAGACGAUCAUUUGCGACUCUCAAAGAUCAUUACAUCAUUCUUCCUAAGUGAUGGCGGAAAACAUGUCAUGGAAGUGUUGAAUGAAACGGGAGAGCCUCUUUUUCCUUAUAUGCGUCUGUAUGGCACCUCCUCUGAACUAGGCGUGUCUGAUUUGUGGAAACUUCAGUCUGAGAGAAAAUUGCUUCAAAAAAAAUACUUGCAGAGAUGGAAUGAGACUGCUUUGAAAACAAAAAACGGUAAACCUAUAGAUGCCAUAAUACUUCCUGUAUCGCCAUUUGCAGGCAAUCCUAAGGGAAAGUUCCAUGACUACGUGGGAUAUACUUCACCAUUCAAUGCUCUUGAUUUCUCAGCGGCAACUUUUCCAGUUUCUAGGGUAAACCAAAAUAUUGAUAUUGCUGAUGCUUCUUCGACAAAUCGCAACGAAACUGAUAACAAUAUAUGGAGGGAUUAUAACCCUCAGGAGAGUCAUGGAGGUGCGAUAGCGCUUCAGGUAGUAUGCAAGAGAUUAGAAGAAGAGAAAGUUAUAGAAAUCUUGAAAACAAUAGCCGACCUUGUUGGAUAUUCUUAA